AUGUUAGAAUUCUACACGAACAUGAACGGAGGAUUGAUGCAGGAGGGCAUGCAGCCCCCCAUCACCUGCGCUGCCAGAACAGAACUCAGCGCCAGCAUCAAGCGGGAGAAGAUUGUGGAGAUCUGUGAAGGAUGUGGUCAGAAGAUCCAGGACCGCUACUUGAUGCGAGUGGGUGAGCUGUCCUGGCACGAGCACUGCCUCAGCUGCUGUGUCUGCGGCUGCCCGCUCGCACACACCUGCUACACCAGAAAUGCCAAGCUUUACUGCAAACCCGACUAUGAUAGAUUGUUCGGAGUCAAAUGCACCAGGUGCGGCGACCGCCUCCUGCCGCAGGAGAUGGUCAUGCGAGCUCAACAGUACGUGUUUCACAUUCAAUGCUUUGUGUGCGUCAUGUGUUGCCAGCCUCUCCAAAAAGGAGAACAAUACGUCAUCAGAGCAGGACAAAUCUUCUGUCGUCAAGAUUUUGAGAAGGAAAUGUAUUUGAUGCAACACGCUGAAGAUGAUAUGAUAUUAGAUGAUUCUGAACGUCCUCGAGAUGGUCGCAGAGGCCCGAAACGUCCACGAACCAUACUUACAUCAGCGCAACGCAGGCAGUUCAAAGCCUCAUUUGAAGUCAGUCCAAAGCCAUGCAGGAAAGUCAGAGAAGCAUUGGCCAAGGACACGGGUCUAAGCGUCCGAGUUGUGCAGGUAUGGUUCCAGAACCAAAGGGCUAAGAUGAAGAAGAUUCAGAGGAAAGCAAAGCAAGAGGGAGAGAAGAACAAUGACAAAGAGAAGGACAAAGAUGAGAAGAGCAUCAAGCAAGAGUCUCCUUCGAGCGAGCACGGCAACUACCUGGGCCUGGAUGGAGCAUACUCAGCUUCAAGUCAACCACUCAACCCGAAUCUACCGUACUCUCCUGAUGAUUAUCCGGCACACUCUGGCGACAGCUUCUGCAGCUCAGACAUAUCUUUGGAUGGGAGCAACUUCGACCAGCUGGACGAGGGUGCCUCCGAUACGAUGAGCUUGCAGAACUUGGAAGUGCAGCAUCACUCGCACCAGCACCCCGGCCACUCGGCGCACGAGCCACUGAACCUCGGCACUGGCUCCGUCGUGAACCCCAUAGACAAGUUAUACCUCAUGCAGAAUUCUUACUUUAGUACUGAUCAUUGA